AUGACGAUCGCCACCGCGUCUAAGCCCGAUUUCUUCUCGCUGCACACACGUAAGCCCAAGACCAUCGAUGUGGAGAUGCUGGACUACAGCUUCGUGGAGCGUUGCACCGAUGUGGACGAGCUCAAGGGGAUCUUGGCGGUGCUCCGAUCCGGAAAGGAAGGCCGCUAUCCAGACCUGGAAAAGGCCACAGAGGACCGCAUUCUGGCUGUGUUUCCUGAACGAGAACGAACUAAAAUCUUGCGUAUGCGCUCAGGGCCGACAGACAACGAGUUGACCACCGAGAUUGACGCGCUGGCCAACUGGGCGGUUGCAAUGAAUGUGAAGAACGAGGCACUAAAGAAACAGACACCGUUCAAGCGAGAACUGCCCCCUGUCCGAGGACGGAAAUCAUCCAUAGAAAUGCGAUCAGAUCUGGCUCGAGCUCCAGCGAAAUUGGCUAAUGUAGAGAAGGAUGAGCAGAAGAUGGCGAAAAAUGCAAUUCCAGCGUAUGAUUUCAGAUCCUGGGAAAAGUAUGACGUUGACAAGGCGCUGGAAGAGAUCGAUCACGAGGGCGAACGGGCGCGGGAUCAAGCGAGAAAGCAGCAAGAAGAGCAGGAGAAGCGCGCAGCAUCUCGAAAGAGAGAAUUUGAGUCUCUCUCCAAGUCAGUGGACUUAGACAAGCUCCAGCCGGAAACCCGAAAAAUGUAUGCUGGAUACGAGAAGCAAAAAGGUAACGACUGCUUCAAGGCAAACGAACUAGAGGUGGCAUUGCUACACUACACGCGCAGUAUGGCUUACGACGACACCGAUGCAAUUCUCUACGCUAAUCGUGCACUUGUAUACCUAAAAACGAAGAACUUUGCUGCUGCUGAAGACGAUUGCGCACGCGCCAUCCUGCUCGAUCCGACAUACAUGAAGGGGUGGAGUCGUCGUGGCAUGACGCGGUACCGUAGAGGUAUCGCCUACUAA